UUGACUGUAUAAUUUCAAGUAAAAACGAGUGGAUUUAAACUUUUGGUUUAUUGUACAGGGUGUAUAAAUCAGUAUAGAUACUUGAAUAUUUGUCAAGUGGUAUUGGAACAGAUAAAGCAGUAAAAAGAAUUAACCAAACAAGCGAAAAGAGGUUGACAGUUAUAACAAAAUGGAAGCCUCUGUUCAAGAACAGCUAGAACAAACUAUGCCUGUUGCCUGGCAACACAAUAAGGACCUUGGUGACUGCAUGAUAGAGCUUUAUAACAAAGGACUUUGGACAGAUGUCACGUUUCGUUGCAAAGAUCAUGGUGAAAACGAAAGAAUUCAUGCUCACAAAAUAGUUCUAGCAGCAAGAAGUCCAGUCUUCCAGGCGAUGUUUUUCGGUCCAUGUGCCAACGAAAAAGACGAAGUUCAACUUGAAAACGCUGAGGCGAAAAUAUUGGAUUUAUUUCUAAGGUAUAUUUACAGUGACACAGUGACGCUGUCCGAGGAAAAUGCUUCUUCGGUGCUGGUAAUGGCACAUUAUUAUCAGGUCUCCAAUCUGGUACAGUUCUGUGCUGAUUAUCUUACUUCUAUAACAACAGCCGAGAAUGCCUGUGAAAUCUUAAACCUGGCUUUACGUUAUGAAGUUACAUCUCUCCGUGAUGCAUGCUGCACGUUUAUUGAUGAAAAUGCAGAAGAAAUUCUGAGCUCUAAAGAAUUCAUAGAAUUAUCGGAGGAUUGCCUGACCUAUAUUUUGAAAGGGGAUACUUUCUAUGCAGACGAAUAUGGUAUAUUUAUACGGGCGGAAGAAUGGUCAAAGAGAAAAUUGGAAGAAAUGAACAUAGAGAACACCGGAUCAAAUGUACGAAAAACUCCAGGCGGAUCAUUUUAUUACAUCAGGCUUCCAACUUCGACAUACAAGACAUUGAUGGAGUGCACUCGAAAAAAAUGUUACUUUUCUCUUGAGGAAUUCGAGGACAUUGUUGACUUCAUCAACGAAAUUCCUGCUUCAUUGGUGGAGAGCAAUUCGUGUGUAGCUAGACUGCCUACAGAAGAAAUACUGACUAUAAAUGAUGAGUGUGGAGAAGACAAUGUAAGUGACAGUCUAACAACAAGUUUUCAGAUUUCUGUAUCCAGAGAUGUAAAAUUAAAACAUGUUACACUCGCACAAAUACAGACAUAUUUCAAAAAUGACAACACACUUUAUAGCGCUAGGAACUGCAAAUACACUUCAAUACCUGGAAAUGAUACGUAUAAAUUCUUUUCUGAAUGUGAUGGUAAGGUCAUGAGACUAGACAAAGCCGGGUUUCAUUUAAAGGCAUGUGUCCUAAAGGAAUUUACAGGAACUGGACUGUCAGAAGAGCUCAAUAUAGUUAUAUCAGGUAGUUUAGAAGUUAUAAACAAUGUGAUGAAACUACCAGACAGCACCAUCAGUUGUGGCAAGAGUAAUGAUUUGCAAGAAAUUGAAGAAGCAGAAUUUGAUGGUAAUCUUAGAGUAGAAGAUACGGACGAGAGUGAAAAUGGACCAAGUCUUGAAGAAAGCUUUAAAAAGCACGGUGAUGAUAAAGGUAAUGAUAAUUGUUUAAUAUUUGAUCAGAACUUACAGUUGAUGUCGACAGAGGAAGCACAAAGGGUAGUUGUUCUAACGGAGCCACUCACACUUACAAAGACCGGAUCGCCAUAUACAGUUACAGUAAAUCUUGGGUUCGGCUGUGAAAGUGAGGUUAAAAUGAAAACAAGUAGUAGCAGCGAAGACAUUGUAACAAGCGAGUAUGAACACAUUAAAGUAGAAAAUAUAUACGGUGAAUUUGCAGGAAUUGAAAGCCUCGGAUUUGAAAAUAUUUCGAAUCGAGAAUCUGCAAAAUAGUGAAUAUAACUGGAAAAUUAAAAAUUUUGGGUACUAGUUUAGGUCAGUCGACUAUUACUGCGCACACAUUAACAUUGCAACAAAGGUGUUAGUGUUAUUUUGUGCUUGGCAUUUAAUAUACUAGUAUUACCAUAAAGAAAGUAGUUUCCUGUAAGGAUUUGAAAUAUGAAGCGGUUAAUUGAUUAAAAAAGUACAAUCGCUUGUUCUAUAACUUUGACAAAAAGAAAACAGUAUUAUCAAUCUAUUAUACAUGUAUUUAUAUAUCCUAAGUUAACCUUAAACAUAUUCAUUCUGUCAUUUAUUAGACCUAAACAAAUCUUUCCGAUAAAAAGAAGGUAG